UCCCUCGCUGAGUCUUGUCAUUCCAUCCCAACAGACCAGAGCAGGGAGCCAGCACCCACGACGACUUUGCAGACUCUGGGAGACCAGCUAGGACCUCGCCAACAUGUUCAAGGGGGUGGGCAAAGGCUCCCCGAGCAGAAGUUCCCCCAACAGAGGUUCCCCUGUCAAGCCUAGCAAGUCCUCAACAAAUGAGCUGGCUGUGCUCAUCUCGCGCAUGCAGACGAAUGCUGACCAGGUUGAGAAGGACAUCCUGGAGACACAGUCCAGACUCAAGCAGGAUGCCAGCAAUCACCAGAAGAACAAGGCUUUCGAGUUCCAGCCAGAGAAUGCCAGGAAUCUGAAGGAAGCAGAGACUCUGCUGAAGGACCUCUUUCUGGAUGUGGACCGUGCCAAGAAGCUGAAACACCCUCAGGCUACUGAGAUAGAGAAAGACAUCCAGCAGCUCCACGACCGCAUGACGCAGCUGUGUGCAGAGUACCGAGCCCUCUAUGAACAACUCAACAUCCCUGAUGUGGGGCCCAGGGUAGACUGGGCCAGGAUCCUGGACCAAAAGAUGAAACAAGUCAAUGCAGGACAGUACGGCCCUGGCAUGUCAGAGCUGGAAAAGCAAAUAGCUGAGCACAACAUCUUCCAGAAGGAGAUUGAAGCUUAUGGCCUCCAGAUCAAGAACCUCCACUCUGGGGAUGUGGCAGACUUAAAAAGCCAGUACAAGGACUUGCUGAAAGCCUCCGUCUGGCGAGGGCAGAGCCUGGGCAGCCUGUACAACCAUCUCCAGGGCUGCACCAAGGAGCUGGGCUACCUGACGGACCAGCAGACCAGGAUCCUGAAGCGGGACUGGAGUGACCAAAUGAUGGACGUCCAGAGCGUGCGUCGGGAGUACGAGGAUUUCAAGGCCAAUGAACUGCUCAGCCAGGAGGAGUUUGUGAACAAUCUUCAGGAUGAUGGGGAUAGGAUGAUUGAGCUAAAGCACCCAGCUGUCAAGCCUAUCCAGGCUCACCAGGAAGCCUUGAAGAACGAGUGGCAGAAUUUUCUGAAUCUCUGUAUUUGCCAGGAAAGUCAACUGAAAAGCGUGGAGAGCUAUAAGAAGUUCCAGGAUGAUGCUGAGGCUGUGAGCCGCUCUCUCAAGGAGAUGAACUCUGACCUGGACACCAAAUACAGCAAGUUCAACAAAGACAGCCCUGGGGUGGUGUCAGAUCUGCUGCUUCAGCUGGAGAAUGAAGAGAAGGUGGUGAAGCAGGCAGAGAAGAGCAUCACUGACCUGAAGAGAAGGAGCAAAGAGAUCAGCCCACUGAAACUGCGCAGGAUGUGUCCCUCUCAGACCCUUACCUUGGAGACCCUCUGUGACUGGGAUGCUGGGGAGGUGCAGCUGACCAGAGGUGACAAGUACACUCUGAAGGACAACAGCAACCCGGAGAUGUGGGUGGUGCAGAGCAGCACUGGUGUGGUCCAGGAGGCACCUUCUGCUUGCUUCUCCAUCCCUCCACCAGACCCCGAGUCUAUAGACAAGGUCAAUAGGCUGGAAGGGGAACUGAACACGGUGAAGCAGAAGCGAGCGGCAAUUCAGAGCACCCUGAGACACAGCCAGAAGGAGCAGGUUCCACCCAGCCAACAGGCUCUGUCCAGGAGCUCCCCUGUAGUCCAGGAUGAUCCCCAAGCUGACCAGCUUCUCAGUAGCCUGGAUCACAUUGGCAAGGACCUGGUUCAGGUAGAGAAAGAGAUCUUGAACCGAGUGAGAUCUCCAGUGAACUACAGUGACCCCACGGAUGACCUUGCCAGGAGGAUCAAACACCAGCAGGAAACAACAAAGAAACUUGAGAACCUGGGGGCAGCCAAGGAUGCCUUGCAGAAGGAGUGCGAGACCUACCUUUCCAAGAAACCCACCAGCACUUCGGCUUCCCAGCUCCCUGUCACGUUGAAUGCCCUCAGGAGCAAAUACAGUGAUGUCAAUAUGCUUUCCAGCCUGUACAAUGAGAAGGCUAAGGCUUCCCUGAACCUGGAGACUCAGAUUGAGAACACAGACAAGAUCGUCAGCACAUUUGAGGCCAAGCUGGCUCAGGAUAGCAUCAUUCCUGCAUCCCCCAAUGCCCUGCAGAAUCGGGCCAACGAUCUGCAGAAGAUGAAGCGGGACCUGGUGGCCCAAGAGGACUGUGUGCUGAAGCUGAACCGGGGGCUCAAGGAUGCUGAGCACAGCUGCAGUGCUGUGCAGAACAACUUCCAGGAGUACUGCCCUGACCUGCCCCGGCAGAAGCGGGAGGUGCAGCUCCUCAAUGACCGCUAUCAUGCCGUUGCGGACCAGCUGGAUCAGCGAGAGAAGACCCUCAGAAAUAUCAGUCUCACCUACCAGCAGUUCCAAAACUCCAAUGAGAACCUGAUGUUCUGGAUGAACAACGUACCCAAGCACCAAGUGAAGACCACUGAUGGGCCAAGCCAGAUCAACUACAAGCUGCAGGCACAGAAGAGGCUGGUGGAGGAGAUCGAAAGCAAGGAGCCCGAGAAGAACGCAGUGGUCAGACUAUCCCGGAACGUGCAGUCCACGCUCAAUGACUAUGAACUCCAAGCAGGCAAAUACAGCUCUUCUCUGGACCCUACCCUGACUGACUUUGCUGCAAAGAGGCUGCGUGUGACCCCCCUACAAGAAAGCAUCCAGGCCCAGGAAAAUGAUGUAACCAAGCUCUACAUGGAGCUGGCAGCAGAAAAUAAACAGCAGCUCAGCCGGCUGGAGUUCGCAAAGAAGAUUGUUGAGAAGAAGGAAGUGCAUGAAGUUGUUGAAGCUGUACAUGAGCAAACGCAGCAAUCUGAAAACAAAGCCAAAACAAGCAGGGAAUCUGAGGGGCUGAAAUCACAGCUGGAGGAGGAAAGGAGGAAAGUGGCCAAGAUUGAAGAGGACCUGGAGGAACACAGAAACAAGCUGCUAAUGUUGAAAACUCAGAAGCCCAUUGAAAGAGUGGAAGAAAAGGAGGUGAUAGAAUAUUACAGAGACCCACAGAUGGAGAGCAACCUGUCUAAGAUGGCACAGCAGAUUGAAGAGGAAGGCAAAAAGAGGCAGAGCCUCCAAGAAGACAUUGAAGUGAUGAGCCGGAAGCUUGCCCAGAUGGAGAGUGAGAAGAAGGUCAUACCUGCCCAGCUCCUCACCAAAGAGAUCACAAAAAUUGAGAAAGAUCCAAGCCUGGAUAGCCAAGCAGCCAGUCUUCGUCAGGAGAUCAAACAUCUCCAGGAGGAAAGCUUGGCUGCUGCUUCCGAACUUGAGCAGCAUAAGAGAGAGCUGCACAUGCUGGAGCGAAAGCAGCCCAAUAUCCGAGAGAAAGUGGUGGUGAAGGAGCUGAUCAAACUGGAGAAAAACCCAGAAAUGGUGAAGUCUGUUAGGACCCUGCAGCUACAAAUCGAUGAGGAAUCCUUCAAGAGGAAGUCAGCAGAAGAAGCGAUAGUGAAAGUGAAGAACAAGAUUGAGGAGGUGGAAAGACUAAUUGAAACGGCAGAACCCAAAAUUAUUGUUAAGGAGGUGAAGCAGGUAGAGCAGGACCCAGAGUUACUGCGAGAGUCUUCCAAGCUUAAAACUCUGAUUGAGGAAGAAAGGAGCAAAAACUUGAUGCUUACAGGUGAGCUGGGAGAGCUGCAGAGCCAGUACAGUAUUGCAGAGAAGCAAAAACCAAGGGUAGAGGUUAAAGAGAGGGUCAAUGAGAUUUUCUUGGUGGAUCCUGAAACGGAGCGACAAAUUGCACACCUGAAAAGGGAGCUGCAGGAAGUUACUCUGAAAAGGACAAAGAUUGACAGUGAAGUGGAAGAGGCCUUAGCAGAGCUCAAUGUCCUCCGGUCACAGAAACCAGUGGUGGAGCUUAAAGAGGUUAUAGAGGAGGUGGUGAAACAUGAGAAGAGUCCAGAGAUUCUCAGAGAAAUUGACAGGCUGAAACAACAGCUCAAUGAACUAGUGAACACCAACGGCAGGACCCAAGAGCAGCUCAUUAGGCUGCAGGGUGAAAGGGAUGAAUGGAAGAGGGAGAGAUCCAAGGUGGAAACUAAGCUGGUCAACAAGGAAGUCAUCCGAUAUGAGAAUGAUCCACUCCUGGAAAAAGAAGCUGACCGUCUCCGUCAAGAGGUGCGUAAUAUGUCUCAAAAGAGGAGAGCUGCAGAGGAUGCAAUCUAUGACUUGCAGAAUAAAUACAUGCUACUGGAGAGGCGAAAGCCAGAGGAAAAGGUAGUUGUUCAAGAGGUGAUACUGACUCAAAAAGAUCCAAAGCUCCGAGAUGAGCACAACAGGCUGAGCCGGAGUCUGGACGAAGAGGUGAGCAACAGGCGUCGUCUGGAACGUGACGUGCAGCAGGUUCGUGCGCUGGUGGAAGAGCAAGAGAAGUUGCUCAACUUUCAGGAGGAUCGAAGUAAGAGACUUGCUCUGGAGAAGGAGAUGAGACAAAUUACAUUGAGAAUAAAGGAGCUGGAGGAGAGCCCAGCCCCUGUGCAAGAAAAGAUCAUUAUGGAAGAAGUGGUCAAGUUGGAGAAGGAUCCAGUCCUCGAACAGUCUGCCAGCAACCUGCGCUUGGAGCUGGACCAUGAGAAGAUGGAGGUGCUGAACUUGCAGAGAGAAUGCAAGAACCUGCAGAUGCAAGUUGAUGUCCUGCAGAAAACAAAAUCCCAGGAGAAGACCAUCUACAAGGAGGUGAUUCGAGUGGAAAAGGACAGAGCGCUGGAGAGUGAACGUGCACGCAUCUGGGAGCUGCUGAACAGGGAGAGAGGGGCCAAGCAAAAGGCAGAAGAGGAGGUACGGCGGCUCAGGGAGAAGAUUGAGAGAGCUGAAGGCAUGAAGAGGACGUGGGCUCGUGAAGAGACAGAGCUGCAGAAAGCCAGGAACCUGGCCAUCCAGGAGAGAGCCAACUUGGAGAGUGAACUGCGGGACCUGGAGAGGCAGAAGCAGCAGAAAGUUCUCUUCCUUCGGGAGGAGUCCAAACUGCUCAACCAACGGACUGAGAAUGACAGGCAGAAGAAGAAGCAGCUGGAACAUGAGUUUUCCCUGCUGGAGGCAGACAUCCUUAGGGAGAAGGACCAGAUCUACAACAAAGAGAGGUUCAUUCGAGAUCUCCAGUCAAGGGUCAACCGGGAAGAAAUCAAUCAUGAGACCCAGAUGAGAGAGACAAACCUCUCCACCAAGAUCUCUAUCUUAGACCCUGAGACAGGGAAGGAUAUGUCCCCUUAUGAGGCCUAUAAGAGAGGUAUCAUAGACAGAGGCCAGUACAUCCAGCUGCAAGAGCUGGAGUGUGACUGGGAGGAAGUCACCACCUUGGGCCCAAACGGGGAAGUCUCAGUUCUCCUUGACAAGAAAAGUGGGAAGCAGUACUCCAUCGAUGAUGCGCUAAGGCUGAGGAGGAUCACAAAGGAAGAAUACCAGCUGUACCGGGAUGGCAAGAUUCCCAUCUCUGAAUUCGCCUUGCUGGUGGCUGGGGAAAGCAAGCCUCCCCCGUCCCUCUCUAUUGGCUCCAUCAUCUCCAAAUCCCCGCUCUCAUCACCUACCACCCCCCAAACCCAAAGCUUCUUCCCCCCAGCCUCGCAGAAGGGCUUCUGUGAUGACACAUCCCCCAUCGCCGGGGUGUAUGACACCACCACUGACACCAAGUACAACAUCAAGACUGCUGUUGCCAAGAAGCUGCUUGAUCCCAUGACAGCUCAGAAGCUCCUGGAAGCCCAGGCUGCCACAGGAGGCAUCAUAGACCUAAUUUCUCGGGACCGGUUCUCAGUCCAUAAGGCGAUCGAGAGGGGGCUGAUUGACAGGACCUACAUGCAGAGACUGCUCAAUGCCCAGAAAGCUUUCACAGGGAUAGAGGACCCAGUGACCAAGCGAAGGCUGUCUGUGGGGGAAGCAGUUCAGAAGGGAUGGAUGACCAAGGACAGCGCUUUCCCCUACCUGGAGGUCCAGCAUCUAACUGGAGGGCUCAUCGAUCCUAAGAAAACUGGUCGCAUCCCUGUGCUGGAAGCUGCCCAGACAGGGAUGAUAACAGGCGACCUGGCCAAUAGGCUCCAAGAUGAGUCCAACUAUGAGAAAGAUCUCAUUGACCCUAUCACUAAAGAGAAGAUAAAUUACAAGGAGGCCAUGGCCCUCUGCCAGAAGGAUUUGCUGAGCAGCCUCCUGCUGCUCCCAGCCACAUCGGAGGGGUAUCAGCGGUACCACCAGGCGAGCCGUUCCCCCAAGCUCUCACGGUUCAGGCAUUGAAUGGAUUCAGGCAUGUACUGGAUCUGGUUCCUUCAGGAGUUCAUCCCUUCAAAACACCUCUCCCCACAGAGGCAGCAGCGAUCACAGGAAUGGAGCAUCUAGCAUUUAGGGCUGCAUACUCUUCUAUCUUGGCUAUCUGCUUCCCAAUGCAGCUUGGCUGUGCGAGGAAGAAAGCGUGAUCGUGAGCAUGUAAGGGCCUGACACACAGGGGUCCCUGUGGUCCCCCGGGUGCUGCUGUGACAGCAAAGGGGGGUCGAUUGCAAGAACUCCACUGGCAGUAGGUUAGAUGUGGUUAUGCCCAGAAAGGGGGGGAGAGCCAGAGUGUUUUCCAGUUGGGUCAUUCUUCUGCAUGCAAUAAACAUAGAAAGUGUGA